UCGCGGGAAACGAAGUGAGGCAGCCGGAGGACGGGCUGCGCGUGGCAAUGCUUUUCUUUUCCUUCGAAUUCGAAUCUCUCUGUGUCUAGGAUCGCACCCAAAUGUAAACGCACUCGAGCAGCUGCAGAACACACACCACACUCUUACACCCAACAACAUUAUGGAAUUCAUCAAGCAAUUAUGUGAUUUAUAAGCGAAUACUUAACAACUAGCAAACAAUAAUUGAUGAACUCGAACGAAACUAUUUAGAUGCUAAGCAUUCGAGUGGCGCAAAUCAAAGGAAACACUGCAACCCAAAUUCAACUCUAAUUGCAAUUAUUUUUAGCUCCUAAGAAGGCAAACUAAACUAAGUUUCUACGGAACAAUAUGAUUAGCGGAGGCAGGAAUAAUUUACGAUUUAUAUACGAUGUGUUUUACCCCGGCGUAAAUAAGUAUUUUUCACCUCUAGAUGAGCAUUGUACAUAUACGAACAGAAAUUAACUAUUUGUUAAACGAGUGCUGAAUUUUAGGCAAAUUAAAAGUAAUUAUUGUAAAUUAAUUAGUGGGUAGAACGAGCUACGAAGACUGCGAGCUGGGAGGAUAGGGUUACACAUGAUUUGAUUUUCAGUUAACAUCAGCAUUAUUUUUUGUUUUUAGUCACUAUCAACUAAGAAAUAGAUUUCUUAGAAAAGGGCUAGACUAUUUCUGAAGUGUUUGCGGUCUACUGGUAGCUGUUUUCCCGAGAAACAUUAUUCAUUUCAAACAUCCAGCCAGCUCGACCCUGUCCAGGCCUUAAAUCAAGCCAUAAACCUCGGUCAUAAAUGACACAAUUCGUUGCUAUAUGGACUUCUGUACGUAGACACCAAUUUCGGGCAUUUACCGCCAGUCUAGUGGGGUUGAUUCACCGGAAGAUUGGUUAUCACGCCGGAUAAGAAGUGGGACUCUAGAUAUUGGGACCGCCUUCGAUUAGAGCUGGUUAGUACAUUCUAGCAGCUCAAUCGAAAUGGACGGUCACAACUGGCUUCACUUCAGCCACGGAGCAAUCCCCCAGGAAGCCGUGGUGGCUGGCCACGACUCCGACGGCGACACCAUCUUCAUCGGCCGCGCCUUCUACUGCAACGACAUGCUGCCGGCCAAGAUCAUCCCCAACAAGGGCAAGGCCUACGUGGCCUACGCCAACCAGGAGGUGGAGCUGGAGAACUACGAGGUGCUGAGCGGCUCCAACUACGAGUGGCUGCCGGCCGACAACGGAGAGGUGCCGCCCGGCGCCGUGAAGGUGGGCCAGAAUGUGGAUGGCGAGACCCUGUACGCCGGCAGGGGCUACCAUGCCGGCAGCCUGACCGUGGGCAAGGUGCACCCCUCGCACGGCUGCCUGUACAUCCCCUACGACUCCGAGGAGGUCAAGAUCUUCGCCUACGAGGUGCUGUCCCGUCGCAUGGAGGCCAGAUAGGUGCUCCACUUUCCGCUCCACUUAUUGCCUGUUAAUCACAAAUAAAUUCCACACCUUUUGUAGACGCC